UCUUCAUGCUCGGUUCUCUCAUUCAAUCUCCAUCCUCCCUCCAGUCACACACUUUACCGUCUUUCUCACACGCCACACCUCGCCGUCAUCCCAAGAGAUCGUCUACACCUCCUCCAGCCACGUUCCCGGAUCAUGUUUCUUGAAAAGCAAAGCAUUUGAAAUUUAAGAUUUAUAAUCAAAGCUCUAAAACCUCUCGUGAGCAUGUGAAACAAGUUGCGGCAACCGUUGUAUUAAUACUUUUUAAAUAUUGAUAAUUGGAUUCAGAAAUAAUUAACAUAUUCGUUUCAUCAUCGUUUAUAAUGUGUAAUGUUCAGUCUUAAGUGUUAGUUCACGGUUCAGAAAUAUUAAAAAUGUCGAUUAAGAACGGCAGAUUAUUAUUUAUCUUAUUUUCGCUGGUCUUAUUUGUGAUAAUUAACAACGGACUAUUAUUAAAAUCGCGAGACAGAGUUACAGAACGAAACGCUGCAAAUUCAAUAAGUGAUAACAAAACACAACUAAUUUCGACACAGAAAACAACGCAAGAGUUAGAGAAAACGAAAUUAGAAGAUACAUCAAUGGUUGGCACAUCUACUGUGAAGGCGGAUGAAAACUUUAUUAAAAGCCAAGUAAGGGAAACUGACGAUGUUGAAGAAAAAUACAAUAAACCCGUCCGGUAUGUGAUGAACGUACUGGAGAAUAAAACAUUUGAAGGCGCGAAAGAUUUGAUUAAUAACUGGAUAAACUCGGUCCGGGAAUAUAAUACUAUAAAAGAUCUUCAAACCCAAGAAACUAAAGCAAAAAACAACACACAAGAUUAUGAAAUAAAAACAUCUAUCAGCGUUAUUCAAGAAGUCAAAACAAUCAGUGAACCAGACGAGGGUGAGAACCAGGCCCAGGCGUCGGCGGCUCCACCUGACCGUGCCGGAAAGAAUGUCGUGGUUUCUUCCCAUCAUGACAACAAACCAAGGGAGACGACCCCGUGGCUGUUGACCCAGGAGUUGCCUGGCGUGGGUCACCUGGCGCAGCCGGUGCUGGAGAUUACUGUGGACGCGAAGGUGCACUACAAUACCACCUGGCACAGCCACCCCACCCCCAUCCUUACCUUCAAGCCACUAGGCCAGCUGGGCAACACCAUGGGUGUGUACGCCAGCGUCUGGUCCGCCGGUAGGGUCUAUGACACGCCAGUGUUCAUGGAGGAGGAAGUUGCAGAGAUGUUACGGCCAAUGUUCCCUCACCUCACCAUGUCCCCGCUGCCUGUGCGGAUGGUGGGGGGGUCGUGGUUGUAUGUGGGGCGAGGGUCCCCGACGCUCACAAACUACAAGUCCUUACAAGAGGCCGCCGCUGGGUUGAGGGGGGCCAGAGCCAUAGUGGUGGAUGGUUACCCCUUCGAGAUGCAGAUCUUCAACGCCUUCAGGGAUGAUCUGCUCGAGGAAUUCACUUUCAGCCACAAACUGCGGCAGCAGGCCCAAGAGCACCUACACGUCGUUGCCGCCGCCAGAGACAAACCCACUAGCUUCGUGGGUGUUCACAUACGACGCACCGAUUUCGCUGCUGCCUUCCAGCGUAUGUUCAUGAUCGCCGGGCCUGGCCAGGACUACCUGAGGCGCGCCCUUGAUUUCUACCGUCAGCGCCUCCCACGGGUGACGUUUGUGGUGGCGUCAGAUGAUGUGGACUACGCGGUGGUGGUGUUGGGUGACGAGCAGGACGUGGUCUUUGCUCCAGGUAUGCCGCGGGAGCUGGACUUGGCGGUACUGGCAGCCUGCAACCACACCAUCAUAACGUUGGGCAGUUACGGAUUCUGGGCGGGCUACCUCUCAGGCGGCACCGUCGUCUACCCGGACCUCAAGCCCAGAAUGAACGAAUACUCCUUCUCCCAGGCCUACUUAGAAAGAGCCAACCUCACCCAGUUCAUUCCCCUCCCACCCUGAGUGCCUCUCCAGAUUAGGUCAACCUUUGAUGGAGGCUCAGGUUGCUGGGUUCUCUGGAACUGAGAGACGUGGAAAUAAAAAUAUAUAAGGUCAAUAAAACUGACUUGGUUGUGGAUAUACAGUACUGUUAAAUAUGUGGUGGAGGAGGUUGCGGGAGUCUACCAACAAGCUCCCGGGGCUCGGUAACAGUUGCCUCACACAGAUGGUGACUGUUUACGUCGAGUGUGAGCAAGAUCGUGAGAGUAAUAUCAGUAACUCAAGAGAUUUAAUGUUAAUGUCUCGACAGUCAGAGGGCGACUGUUAGAAGUAGUCUGUAUUGACCGUUGAGUAUACUGACUUGGAAGUGUACUGACUGUUGGUAGUAUAAGUAAAGUGCAUUGACUGCUGGAAAAGUAACUAAGCCAUGUUGACUGGUGGAAAUAAAUCACUGUCUAUUGUAAUGAACAGCAAGUCUCAAAAAUCACAUGCCAGCAUCACAGUGAAACGUGCCGACUAACGCCACCAAGGUGUAAGACUUGAGCGGUACGCCUUAUUGUGACCAUUUUCCAUACUGUGUCGUUCUUCUAAAGUUUAUACAAAGAACCAUAUUUAAUAAGAGAACUGGAGGCAAUAUUUAUGUACAAAAAUUUUACACACACACACACACACAAAUAUAUAUAUAUAUAUAUCUUGAUA